AUGACUGCUGUGAAUCCUUGGAUGACAGUGCCUGGUGUCCGCAUGCAGAUGGGAAUGGCACAGGUUUGUAGGUUCUACCCUGUAGAGCGCCUUCAGGAGGUUGCUCGUUCCCCGCAGAGCAAGCAGGAGAUCCACCGCCGCUCCGCGCGGCUCAGGAACACCAAGUACAAGUCGGCGCCCGCCGCGGAAAAGAAGGUUUCCACGAAGGGAAAGGGCAGGAGGCACAUCUUCAAGCUGAAGAACCCCAUCAAGGCUCCUGAGUCCGUAUCCACUAUAAUUACAGCAGAGUCAAUCUUUUAUAAGGGUGUAUACUAUCAAAUUGGAGAUGUUGUCUCAGUGGUUGAUGAGCAGGAUGGAAAAACGUAUUAUGCUCAGAUCCGUGGGUUUAUUCAGGACCAAUACUGUGAAAAGAGUGCUGCACUAACCUGGCUCAUUCCUACACAAGCCAGCCCCAAAGACUGUUUUGACCCAGCAUCCUAUAUCAUAGGACCAGAAGAAGAUCUCCCAAGGAAAAUGGAAUAUUUAGAAUUUGUUUGUCACGCGCCUUCAGAAUAUUUCAAAUCUCGGUCAUCUCCCUUCCCCACUGUUCCUACAAGGCCAGAGAAGGGCUAUAUAUGGACUCAUGUGGGACCUACUCCUGCAAUCUCCAUUAAAGAAACUGUUACCAAUAAUUUAUAAUUUUUUUUAAGGAAUACUUCGGACAGGUUAUUUUGUGUGUAUUCUCAGGCCUGUGAGCCUCAUACAAGAAUUUUUAAAAAAUUAUAAAAUAUGCCAUUUUACUUUAUGGAUUACAGGAUUUAUUUAUUUUAAAUAUAUCAUAUCUUUAAAGAGGAAGUUUCCAUUCCAGUUUAUGCAUCAUUUCAGUGCUCUGCUCUUCAGACAUUAUUGCUCAUUUUGGGACAAACCCACAAGUUUCAUGUCAUCUUUUGACUUCUGAAAGUUGCCUUCAGUUUUCUUACUUUCUAAAUUAUUUUCCAGAAAAGGAGUUAAAAGACAUAAUCAUCCAGCACUUUUUAUACUUGUUUAAUUUAGUUAACUGUGACUGUAGUUAUUUACUUGUUAAAUAAUUUAAGACUAGCUUCAGAUAAACACUAAACAUGGUCAGUGAUGCAGUUAAUGAUUUUCUGUUACCUGGAAAGGAGUGAUCUACCUGGAUUUCUCCAGACUGAAAACUCUCAUCCGCAAGGAGGGACUUGUAUUUAACAGUCAUCUUUUAAGGUGAAUCUGAAUCUGAAAUGUAAUGUAUGUAGCUUUCUGCUGAACUUUACAUAAAUUUCUUGGAAAGUUGGAUGCAAAUUUAAAAAUUAAUGUUAUUUGGCUUUGCCAUCCUGGCAUCCUCAUGGCAGGAAUGUAUCUGCAUUUCUGGAGGAAGCCAACACUGAGGUAUGAUUUGAGUUUCAGAUGGUUAAUAUUUGUAUGCACGUUAGCUUGGUCUCUUAAAAUUGAUCUUAAAAUGUUUUUUCAGUCUUUCCAAUUAAUGAUGACUAAAAAAAUCCUCAAGCAAUUAAAAUGAAAAAAACACAUUUAUUAAGGGAAAUAAAAACUAAUUUUAUGUAUUGACAGUCUCAGUAUAUAAAUGAAAAUAUGUAAAUAGCAGAACAGGAGAAAUUACACAUACUAAUGCCCAAGUUUUCUGCCCUAAACCUUUUUUAAACCAGUCAGCUCCAAACACUAUUAGAUGUGCUUGUAUGGCCUAAAUUCCCAGGGCUUACUGGUUCCUGCUGCCUGUGAAGGAUAAUAGCUGUAAGUGGCCUUAGAUUUAAAUGUACAGAUCUCUUCAGCUUUUUGUUUUCUUUUUAUGAACAUAUGUGACCGUAGCACCCAGGAGCCCCAAACAAUUUCAGUAUAUUGUAUGAAAGCCUGUAAAAGUUGCACUGGGCUUAUGUUUUAACUUUUAGUACAGUGGGACUCAUGAGAGCAGGAAGCAGAUAUUGUUUCAGCCUGUAGCCUCUGUUAUGCCCUCUUCAAAUACCAGGAAGAACAGUCAACCUUAAGGGAAUAGGUGCUAGUUUACUGUCAAUAGUUCAAAAUGUUCAGAAUUUAGCAGUAUAUUGCUAAUAGAGAGUUAAAUCUUAAUCUUCAGUUUCUUACAAAGAUGAGAUGUGCGCCCAUGUUCAGUGUGUUGCAGAAAUUAAUCCCAAGGUGACCUUACUCCUGACCUUCCUCUCUGUUCUCUCCUUUCACUUCCUCUAGAUUUUUUUCUGAUUUAUCUUUAUUAAAUUAACAACUAUAAGAAGAUAAAAAUAACAACUCUUAAAAGAUAUGUAUAGUAACUAGAAUGAUUUCCUCCACUCAAGCGUUUUCCUUCCUUUCUCUGCAGUCCACAGGGUUUUCACUUGGGAUCACUGUAAAGUCGCUGUGCUGCCUCGGCAUAAUCCAUGGACCUUUGCUUUUCUGUGGACUGUCUUAGUUAGAUUGGAAUCAUAUCUUACCUGAUUUAUUUAGGUUGAAAAAACCUUUAAGAUCAUUGAGUCCAGUGAAGCUCAGGUGCUUUCCUUGUCAGAUCCUCAUAGGGAUAGGGGAAGAAAACAAUGCUUUCAUUCACAGAAUCGACUAGGUUGGAAGAGACCUCUGAGAUCAUCAAGUCCAACAUCUGACCUAACACCACCUUGAAGUUUUGCUUUUUCGAGCUACACCACAUGAAAAGUACUUGCUUACCCUUUGCCUUAUUUAUCAAUAAAUUGUAAUGUAAAAGGAACAAUUAAUUUUUAAUCAGAAUACACCUUUCCUUAAUUUAGUGCUGCUGAUGAUUCCAAGUAUUAUAGUUCCAACUACAGUCUAAAAAGACAAUUUUUUUUUUCGGAGAACUAUGGAACAACUUCCCUUAGUAAACACAGAGCAUUUUUAUUUUAGUUUUUUAUUAUACAGGGAAAUGUAAAAAAAAUAAUACAAAUAGGCAAAAAUUAUGGUGAUAAGAUCUUUAAAGAGAGUGGAUCUGCAAACAGUGACUGUUAUUAAAGCAUUAUAACUUUAUUUAUAGGUA